AUGUCAAAUUUUCCCACUCAUCCGUAUUUAGAUUUCUACACUGUCUCAUAUGACCCCGAAGCCCCCGGUCGACUUGGCGGCGAUUACAUCUGCACAGUCAAGAACGACUACGGAUCCGAUUUUGGCGAACCCAUUCGAGUCAAGCUCCCAUUCCGCAAAACCGGGCAAACAGCUCCACAAAAGCGCCUCACUGUUGAACUUGGCGACUCGCUCAAUAUUAAUUGCAAUGCACCCCUUCCAUCUGGUUCUGAAGUCAUCCGAGUCUGGAAUUAUGGCAACUUCUCCACAAUCCCUGUUCGUGCAAUGCGACGAUUAACAGCUCUCAACCAUGGAGAUAUCCUGUUCUUCUCCAACAUGAUCUCAAAAGACAACGAUUUGAGCAUCCGAUGCAUGGGCCACGAUCCUCAAUUUCCCGAGAACUUCUACGCCGGGGACAGUUACUACAUCAGCGUCACUGGGGAUCCAAAAAACAUUCGAAAUCGCGCGCCGAAGAUUUUUGCAAACAACGACGAAAAGAGAGUAUCUCGAAGCAUCAAAAUCGGCGCAUCAAUGAGGCUCGAGUGCGGUUCUUCCGGACAACCGACUCCCGAUAUUCAGUGGAAGUACAUGAAAGAUGGAAAAGAGCAGCAAUUUCCAUCGGGAAUGGAGUUCUUGGAGAGAAACUCCUCCCUUGUCGUUGAAUCCGUUACGACUGAAAUGGGCGGAACUUAUAGAUGUCUAGCGAAAAACAAAGCCGGGCUGGAUGUAAAAGACUUCGAAAUGUCAAUCAAAGAAGCGCCCAAUUUUGUCAAAACUCCUCAGGACCGAAUCGUCUAUCCGCAGCGAGACAACAAAGUCGACCUCGAGUGUCAAAUAUCAGGAAACCCGAUGCCCUCGAUCAAAUGGAAGAAAAAUGGAGAAGAGCUCAGAUCUGAAGAUGGAGAAAUAACAGUUUCUGGAACCACAAGUGUAUUAUCAGUAAAAGCAGCUAAACAGACCGAUUCGGCGACGUAUCAAUGCGAGGCGGAAAACUCAAUUGGAAACAUUGCAACAGCUGUGAGAGUUCUUAUCAUUGAACAAGCCCCUCGACUCUCAUCGGACUCAAGCUCAUCCUCCUCCCGUCAAACUGUCUAUGUCGUGGAGGGCCGUCAAUUGACAAUGGACUGCUCCUUAUUCGGCUUUCCAGAACCCGAAUUCUCCUGGAACAAUGCGCCAAGUUCAUGUGCUGGAAAGAAAAUUUGCAUUGUUGAAAAUGUUAAAAAUGUUCUCGACUACAGUUGUACCGGGAAAAAUGACCUUGGGUCGGGAGAAAUUUAUUUCAACGUCAAAAAGCUCAAAAGCUCGUCGAUUUCCAUUCGCAAAAAGAUUUCAAUCAACAAGGGCGAUAAGCUCGAACUCAAGCCAAAAAUUGACACAGACAGUCAAAUCAGCGAUUACGUAAUCACCUGGACAAAGAAAGGUUCAACCCUUGCCAGCCGAAGCGGAUACAAACCUCAAAGCAAUUAUGUCAUCAACAGAACUGACUUUGCCGACAGAGGAGAAUAUACAGUCAGAAUCAAAACACAAUAUGACGAGGCAGAAGGAACAGUUGAAGUCGUCGUCCAAGGAGCGCCAGAACCGCCGAUGAAUAUCAAUGUCAAAAAUAUUGACAAAGGGGUGGAAGUUUCUCUCGAACCAGGAUUCAAUAAUUAUGCGGAAAUCAAUAAAUAUACCGUGGACGGGCUCGUCCCUUUCACCCUUUAUGAAGUCAGAGUCAAAGCGCACAACCCUGUCGGCUCUUCCUCCCCUUCAAUGCCCGAUGACGCCGGCUCAAGUCAAAUUCGGACAAAGCCGAAACCGCCAAGCAUCAACCCAACCUUCAAUCUCCCAUCGCAACAGGCCCCAAAAGAGCUCAUUAUCAAGUGGAAUGCCAUUCCUCCUGAAAACUACAACGGCCCUGAUUUUCAAUAUGUUCUCGAAUACUGCGCCCAGCCAAAUCCAGAUAAUUGCGAAAUUUGCGAAAAUGGGCUGAGUUGGAAAACGGAGACUUUUGCUUCCCCAAAUUUGGAGUUUGCCAUCUCUGGUGUCUCAAAACCAUAUCAGCGGUACAGUCUCAGAAUUCGCAGUAAAAACAGCGAGGGAGUCGGACCCCGGCCGCAGUGCCAAUUUUUCUUUUCUGGCGAAGAUCUUCCUUCCUCCGCUCCAACUGGACUUUCUGUCGAUUCCAGAGGAAAAACGUUCUUGGAGCUCAAAUGGAACGCUCUCCAACAAUCAAAGGCCAAUGGAAAAAUCGUCGAAUACAUCGUCAAAUACAAAGAAUCCGACGAUGAUGAAAACAACAUGGUCGGGUCGGAAAAUGAAGUCAGAGCCAAAUCAGAGAGUCUGAGGUUGGACAACUUGAAGCCAGCGAAGAAAUAUCGGAUGAAAGUUGCUGCUGUCAAUAGCGCUGGAGUCGGGCCGUUUUCGAAUUUUGUUGACAAAGAGACCUUGGAAGAUAGACCAGGGCCGCCAGUGGAUUUGCAGGUCAUGUCGGUUUGGCCAGACAAGGUAAAUAUUGUCUGGAAACAGCCAAAAAAUCCAAAUGGCCAAAUAACCGCAUACAUCUACCAAGCCGAUGGUCUCCCAAUCGACAAUCCUGGCAGUCAAAAUUAUCAUACCGUCGCUCAGGAAUCAGCUGGAUACAGCAAGUCAAGAAUGGACGUAGCAAACUUGAAGCCAAAUCAUAAAUAUGACAUCAAACUAUAUGCCAAAACAAGCGCUGGGCAAGGCGAGGUUCCUGGCGUUAUUUCAGUUUCAACCAUUUCGAUCGCUGAGGCCCGCCCAACUGCUCCUACAGAUGUAUCCAUAGCCCAAACCACUGGCGGAGUCAACAUCACAUGGUCUUACGAAGAAAACGAGCAGACUCCCUACAUCAAGCCAAACAACUACACGAUUCUGUAUCGAAAUCGGAAUUCGGACCAAGGAGUUGGCUGGAGCAAAGAGACAGUGACCCAUCGAAAACGACCUGGUUUCCUUUUAGACGGGCUUCCACCAGGAGAAAACUACACUCUUGUCAUAAUGGCUUCGAAUAAAUAUGGAAACUCUGAAAACACUACUGCUGAGUUCUCUACUGAAGAUGGACCGAAUCUUGAAACAAACUUGUGGUUUGUUGCAGUCCUCGUCGGUACCGGUGGGACUCUGCUUUUGAUCAUCAUUGUCUGCUUUGUCCAGCAUAAUAAGUCAGGAAAAUAUCCAGUGCAAACAAAGCAAGAACUCAUCAUCGACGACCCUGAACAAAACAUCGAAGACCGGAACCUCCUCCAUCCUCAUUCUCCUCGCUCUGAUAAGAACUCAGCGGGAUAUGGAAACAGCGAAUUGAGAAAAGUAUCUUCGGAGUCGGAUUCAAUCACGGGAUUUGGUGCGGAAGGUGGUGUUACAAGACAUUAUACAGAAAAUGGCUCCUUUAUUGGUCUAUAUGGCCGCGAAAGCAAUAGGGAAAGCGAAAAAAGCGAAAUAAGUCCGCAUUCCGACACCGUAGCAGAUUUGAAAACCUUCGGAAAAUCGCGCUAG